CGGAAGUUAGGAAGGCGACUACAGGCUUCGGCACAGAAAUGGCUACAAAAAAGAGAAGACACGAUAUUAAUAGAGUUAACUUGUUGAGCUUUUGGAUAUCUAACGUUAGACUGAUGGCCUGUUUGUAAAAACGCUGUCAAACAAACGUGUUUUUUUUAACGGUACAUGGCCUAAAAACUUUCUCCCAAGUAUGAAUUAUCCGGCAUCUGUCACAGAGUUGACACGACAAGCGAAACGAAUGGCGACAUCGAAAGCAGCCGUUUCCAGAUUGCCAGCAGUAAGGACGUCUAGAAGAGCUAACAAAUCACUUCCAGCGUCCACUCGGAGCUUUAUGGAAAGACUGCCAUCUGAGAUCCUGAUUAAGAUUCUGUCAUACCUGGAUGCCUCCACACUUUUCAGCAUCAGCCACAUCAAUAAACUUUUCCAUCAGCUUGCCAAUGAUAAUUCUCUGUGGAAAAGGAUAUACAUAGUGAAGUUUGGCAAGGAUAAACAGUGGAAACUCAAGUGUACUGAUGAGCUGCUGCUGAAGAUGGAGGAUCGAGCUGCAGGCAGCUGGAAAUGGCUGUACUUCAAGUCUGUAGCUGCACGUGACAUGGACAUGUGGAAAAGACAUCUCAGACACACGAGCCGUUACACCGGGUUACCCUGCCAAACGGAAAAGGUCCUAAGAAACUUGAACAUCACCUGGGAGCUGACGGUCACCGAUAAGUCAGGGCAUCAGAACACUUUGGAGCUGAGCUGGUCCCAGUUCUUUGAGACUUCUGUGACACUGUGCUGGAGCGCAGGAGGCUACUUGCCCAGCUACCAGCAGAUUUCCACCCUUGAACUCCACGGUGUCAGGAGGAUAGCCCUCAACUGCCCCGGCCUAAAGAAACCUGGCUGGAGGUCCCUCAUGGCAAAGUUAGACAUGCAGACUCUAACUAAAAACGCGCAGGUCAUCGGCCAGGACAGAAUGGUGCAGCUGAAGUUGCUACCACCUGGCAUCAUCAUCGGUGUCUGGAGGGACCAGCGCUCCGUUGCCUUCAUCAUGUUCACCCUUCACUUCCACAAGCUGGUGGAAAGAAGCACUCAGGGAUCCUCUGUUUGUCCCUUUGUGGAGCCAAUGGACAAACCCCCUUUUGAUGACAUAGACCCUGAAUACGGUCUCCAUGGUUACCAAUUACACAUUGUUCUCCACAGCACUGUAUGCAAGCUCAUGUCUGAAAGCUUCUCUCAGCUAUUCUGCCAUAGAGCUCAGAUCUCUGAUGGACUGAUCCAGCUUACUGCCAUUAACAGUACAAACUUGUCGCAGCACACUCCUCUGUCUGGCAACGUCACCCUGCCCUGGCGGUGUGAGGCCCUGCAGGGAGAGGUGGAGAACUGCUGCAUCAUGAGUCUAACGUUGCUGGAUGAAUUCAGUAAACCCUUCACCUGUGUCAGCUCUCCUGUUUCCAUGAAGCUGGAAAAGACGCCCAUUUCUUAUGACCAUGAUGGUGAGCACUACCUGAUCCACUACCAGGACUCAGACGCUCAGGUGAAGAUGCGGCUUGUGUGGAUGAAGGAGCAGCAGCAGUUUGUCCUUGUCAGUUUAGUCAUCUAUCUGAGCGUUUGCAAUGUCAACAGGCAUUUUGGCAGAGACUACUGACCCUGCCAUACUUCUGUUGAGUUGAAGUUGCUCAUCACCACUGUUCAACUUGUGGAAAAUUGUCGGGUAAAAGACUGGGUCAGCCACACAGCUGCACCACUCCAUAACAGCAGGCUCUGAAAUUGUUCACUUUUGUGAUGUCAGUAAAUAUUGUGGUUGGAAAGCUACUGUAUUGUACUGUGCCCUUUUUAUUUUUCUAUUUUCUGUGCCUUGUACAUCAGUUUAAAGAUGCUGUAUGUCUGCCUGUUAUUUCUUAUUUGAUAAUACUUUUGCCUCUUGUUAAUGUAAUGAGAAACUUUGUCCACUCCGUUGACUGUAUUUAAACCCUCUGUAAUGUCAUCUAUAGAUUACUUGAACAGUUCAGUGUCAUGGCUCUGACCAUUGCCCUCUUGGCAGAGCCUGACUCCUUUUAACUCCUUCUUUAUGCAAAAAUGAGCAAAGACAUGGCGGUUGAGUAGAGUUGUGGCAGACCAAUCAAAUGCCUGUGGGCCAUGUAUCUGUCCUCAGAUGGCCCUCCUCUAAUCUAAUUUAAGCAGAUGAGUUACCUACUUUGCUUGUACAGUUGUUAUGAAUUGGGAAAUUGGCAGUAGAGACCAAAAUCGUUUUUUUAUACUAGGCUAUAAACAUGUUUACUUCUACUGUAAAGCUGGACCUUUUAACAUGAGAGCUAUUGAGGACUGAUUCAUUUUUGAAGCCAGUCUCAAGUGGCCAUUUAGGGAUUUGGAGUUUUUGGCUUCAUUUUUCAUCCCCAAUGGUUGCUGCUUGGUCUAAGUUUGUAAAAUCACUUUACAAAUCUUAAUAAUAAUGAAUGAUUAACACGUUGCUCUCGAUAUCAUGAAGAGAGAUAGAUAGAAUAGAAAUAUUAAUUGGAACAUUUAAUUAUAAUUUUAUAACAUAAUUACUUAAAAGCUGUCUGAAUUCCACAAUCUAAAUGUUCUAAAUGUACAUUUAAUGAAUGCUGCGCUGAUAGUUUUCUCAUCUGCUCAUUAAUUGAUUGUAGUAGUAUUAUAAUUAGUCAGUCUAUAAUUAUUCCAGUGACACACUCAAGCUGUUUGCACACAGCCUGUGUGGUUUUUAUACUUUGUAUACUCAAACCUAAAAGAGGGAAAAUAGCAUUCUUUGAGAAAACAACUUGGGACUUUCUGUUCAAGGUGCUGAAAUGACCUUCUUUCUGUUUUUAUAUUUUUAAAAUGUAUGCAGUGCAGAAGUAAAUUUUAAAAAUACAACCAUUUUGUUAGAGUUUGAGUUAUACCCAUACAGAUAAGGCUCUUUAUCAUGGUGAAACAAAGUAAAUCUCUGUCCCUAGUAGAAUGCACAUUGAAUAUUUAAUGCAUAAUGAAAACCUGAGCUUAUAUGUAACCUGGGCAAGGUUUUUGCAGCACCUUGUUUUGAUCUGCUUUAUGUUGUAAUAUCUCUCCACCAUGACACAUAGUGACUCAGAAGUCGUUUUUAAAAACACUGUAAUAGGAUAUUUCAAAAGAGCACAGAGUUUAAUGGUCCAUUUACAUUGGCUGAUAUUUCUAUACCAAAACCCUAAGGUCAUGUUGGAGGAAAUAAGAUUGCAGGAUGUUGCAAUUCAUCCAUCUAUGAUGUUUUCUUACAUUUGGCCUGAAACACCUAAAAACUCCAUGUUAUCGUUGCCAUCCUCUCUCAUAGCUGAUUUCAUCACUUAGCUGGUCCCUUACAACUUAAAGUAUCCAAAUUACUGUAAUAUUAAUUAUUAAUAAUCCUCAGUCAUUAAAUAUUCUUAUUGUAGUGAUGUCUUUCAUGUAUUUCCUGAAUUUUACAUUUUCCUUUGUUGUGUAUGUAGACAUUUGCUGAUGUGAGCAGGCAGAUUUUAAAUGCAUCUACCCUUUUAAUUAACACUUUCAAGACUUAACUCUUAGUUUUUACUAAAAUCAAGCAAAAUUAGGGCAUGCUUUUCAUGUGUGUUGGAAUGAAUGUUUUGCUCCUUUUGUGUGUUUUAUGCAAAUCACAUUUUGUUUCCUUUUAUUGUGGUAUGAAUAUGUUAACAUCCACAUUUCCUCAGUUACACUGUCAGACAUUACGAUCUCACUUUCAGAUGAAAACUGAGCCUAAUGUCCACACCCUGGGCAAUUCUGGCUACAGCGAUAGAAUUAGUGUGGAAGCAAUUGUUGGAAACUACUGCUGAUGGGCCAGCACUGCUGAUGGCAAUAAAAUAAGGCGGGCCUCUGGAUAAUAGGAUUUCAGAGGCUCCCCUUCCUCCUCUCAGUGAGGGUCAUCAUCACCUUGAAAAGAUGCUUAUUUUUCCAAACACAUCUCCAACAUCUUUGGCAGUAGAUCCAAAAUUAUUUGGGGAAUGAGCCAAAGGGAAUAAGAGGGGCAACAGUAUGUGUGAUAAAUUGUUUUGGGUGUCUUUUGUCACAGGCUUCACAAUUGAAAUGAGACAAAAGCUGUGAUGGGAAGAGAGACACUGUCUGAAUCAUAAGGGAACCGUGUGUUGUCAUAUUGUUAACAUUUUAAAGCCAUUUCCUUCUUAUUUGUAAUGGCAGAAUGAACCAAUAUAGGGACAACAUAGAGCCAUAUAGAAUUACACUGGAUUGCUUACUUGGACACCUAAUACACUGACAAGUACCACAAAUUGCCCAUUACUUGGACUGAGUGAUAUGUAUCAUGGAAGAUUUUCAGGUUAUAAGCGUGUUAUAACACAUUCCCAUCACAAUGACCUUCAAACUACUGUUUGCUGUCACAUCAUCUGUUGCAAACUGCCAAUGUUUUAUUCCCAUUUUAUUAGAAAAACCAGGAGCCAAGGGCAUUAUGUGCUGGUAAUGUACUGGAAAGAAUAUAAAGACAUUUAUUCAAACAUUUGAGUCAUAGUUAUGGCUGAACAAAGGACCAUGCAGCCUUGACAGAAAGCACAGUAUGUUCUGUCUCGUUUCUGCACAAAGUAUUAAUCUCAUGUACCUACUGUGAUUUUUCUAUGAGGAAUUAGAAUUUUAAAAAAAGACU